CCAGCUUCAGGCUCUUUCCGUCCCGGGGCCGCCUCUCUUCCUUCCAUUUCCUCUCCUGUCCUCCUCCUCACAAGUCACCACCACCACCACCUCUCUCUCUCAUCCCGCGACUCGUCCCUCCUUCUUUCCUUCACACCACCACUACCACACCUCACUCUCUCACACACAUUCCCUCCACAUCUUCUUUCUUCCCCUCGAUCCAUCCUUUGAGACAGCUUUGCCCUUUGUGCCUGUGCCCUUAUCGGGAUCGCUGUUCCCAUUGCCUACAAUCAAUUAUAAUCUUUUUUUUCUUCAUCAACCGCAUCGCCAAACCCACCCCUGCACCCUUUUUUUACGCGACAGACCCGUCACGUCACGUCGGCGCUCCGAGGAUCCAACUCCAUCGCCAGCUCCCGUCAGCUCCAACGAGUCUUCGGUAAGCGACACCUACCACACACCUCACCAUCAUUCUCUUCUUUGCGCGCCGCCUCUGCGCUUCUACCUGCCCUCAAGCUGACGCGACGAUUUAGUCCCUUUCUCCGAUCGAGCUCAUCGUCGACGCGACCUGGAAGACACCACUCCUCGAUUGCCGCCAGCGCGCAUCGCAAACUUCCUUUGAACGUACCCAAUUUAAUCGCCAAUUUUGCGCGCUCCGUCCCACACUUCCGAAAUGCCUUCUGCUACAGCUCACGAGCGGCACCUGCCCGCAAAGCGCAACACCCUCAUGACUGAGGAUGUGCCUCGUUACGAUGACCUCGUAGCCCGUCGUCGACUCGGUCAGACUCAGCUGACGGCCAAGAUGGUCAACCUGGCCGAAGGGGAAGGCGCUGCUCUCGGUGUCUUCGACUAUGCCCACCUCCGCGCUCCCUUGCCCAAGGGUAUCGUCUCUGGCAUCUUCAAGUCCAGCCCCAACAGCUACUUCUUGAUGCGACGCAGCCACGAUGGCUUUGUUUCUGCGACAGGAAUGUUCAAGGCCACCUUCCCUUACGCCGAGGCCGCCGAGGAAGAGGCCGAACGCAAGUACAUCAAGUCGCUCGCUUCUACCAGCCCCGAGGAGACUGCCGGCAACGUCUGGAUUCCUCCAGACCACGCGUUGGCGCUGGCUGAGGAGUACGGCGUUGGGCCUUGGAUCCGCGCCCUGCUGGAUCCCGCGACUAUUGCCGUUUCCAACACCCCUGAUAGCCCUCCCAAGAAGAUUACGGCGCCCCCCAAGUACGAGCUCCUCAAGGCUCACCCUCAGCUUGCUCCUCCUACCCCGACUUCCCUCCCUCGCAGCACUCGAUCUCGCCGCUCAGCAAGCCCUACCAAGGCCGCCGCUGCCACGACGCUCCCUAGACCUGUCCGAUCGCCCAGGAAGCGCAGGGCCAAGGCUGACUCUGUUGAGCCCAGAGAAUCUACGCCCACAAUUGCCACGAAGCUGGAAGUCAAUGGCGUAAUUGAAGAGGACAAGGACGCCGAAGCGGACAUCAAGACCAUUGUCAAGACUGUCGAGACGGAACCAGUGCUUGUAUUCGAGGCUAGGGAAGAAGAGCUCAAGGCCAAGGUCAUUGUUGACCAAGCUAUCAAGACGGAUGAGGACGGCAACGAGACCAAGCACACUGCCGUGUCACUAGAGCUUCCUCUGUUGAGCGCAGAGCCACCAUCUGCUGAGGAGACUGCGCGUAUGAUUGCGGAGGCGAAGCAAAUGGUCGAGGCGGCCGCCAUCAAGUCAGAAGGCGUUGACAGUCCCAAGGCCAAGAGCAAGCGUGGAGCCGAAGAGAUUUCAAAAGGAGAUGAUGAGGAUGAGGAGAAGGAGAUCGUUGAGGAGCCGCGAUCGAAGAAGGCCAAGACCACCGAGGUGCAAGUCAAGAAGCUCCGCGUACGGAACCGGGCUUUGUUUGGUCUGAGUGCCGUGUCACUGGCCGUCGGCGCAUUCUCGUACUUUGUCGGUUCUUUCUGAGACGUCAUUUGGCGUGUCGGGAGCAUUUCGGGGGGCUCUAGGUUGCAGUGAAGACGGUUGAUUCUCAGUCGUGGAAUAUCAGAUACGGUAUUCUGACUACCUCAAGCCCGUUUUCCAGGCCGAGGACUCGGCGGCAGCCUUUCUAUAUCGUUUUAUUGCCUUACUCAUCAUACCCAGAUAGAGCCCGAGGGCACUCGGGCCAGCUUUCUUUUCACUCGUUGCUUGUGGAAUAUUGGGUGGGAUCAAAUAAGUGUACAUUGACAUCGUCUCCCACGGCGAUAGGGGGAUACGCGGGAGGGCAAGGGCCGUGGUUCAGGAUUGAGGCAAUUGUAGUUGAUGUAUUGUUUAGGUAUUUCUCUGCUUUUCGGCGUCGAAUGGGAUACGGUGCAUGCGUUGCAAGAGAUGCUUCUUCGAGGCGUAAUCGUCUUGACAACUAUGUCGCUCGUAAGCAGUGAAAGGGUGUUGUGU